CUCCCGUGGAUUCACUCAAAUUUCCAUACCAAACCAGCCCGUAGGCUCUAGGGCGCAGUCAGGUGGAGGGAUUUUUCCCCUUUUGCGGCUUCCUGAACUCCAUCUUGCCACUGCCACGAGCCCACGACGCCCGCAGCCGCAGCGAACCAGAGAGGAGAGCGGGAGAUGAAGGGCGUCGGGGGCGGCGCGGCCUCCCCGGGGGACUAUGUCUACUUCAAAUCUGUCGUCCCGCUCCACAAGAUCUCCGCGGCAGCGUCUCGUCAGAAGUUUGAUCGUUGGAGCGGUUUCGUCGUUGCUUCGUAUGGGAUCAUCUGAAUUGGGCUGGAUAUGAAGCGAAUUUCGGGCGAGGAGCUUUCUGUGGUCGGCGAUCCGCAGGAACUCGUUGGUUGGUGUAAUUUGGUGUGAUUGGGUCAAAACUGUGGAGGUACUAUGACUUUGGACCCAAGGUUGUGCCACCUCUUGUUUGUAUCCCAGGAAUUGCAGGAACGGCUGAUGUAUACUAUAAACAGAUUAUGUCCCUUUGUAUGAAGGGUUAUCGAGUAAUAUCUAUUGACGUUCCUCAAGUUUGGAAUCACCAUGAAUGGAUUCAUUCAUUUGAAAAAUUUUUGGACUCCAUGAAUAUCCAUCAUGUUCACAUUUAUGGUACAUCUCUUGGUGGAUUCCUGGCACAAAUAUUUGCUGAACACCGUCCAAGGAGAGUAAAGUCAUUGGUCCUAUCAAAUACUUUUCUUGAGACGCACAAGUUUGCUGCUGCCAUGCCUUGGUCUCCAGUUGUUAAUUGGACCCCUUCUUUUUUGCUGAAGCGGUACCUCUUGACAGGAAUCCGAGAUGGUCCCCAUGAACCAUUCAUCGCAGACUCAGUAGAUUUUGUUGUGGGUCAGGUGGAGACAUUGUCAAGAGAUGAUCUUUCAUCAAGGUUGAUGUUAAAUGUUAAUGUUGCAUCCGUUGGGUCGUUAAUGUUGCCUGAUUCACUCAUCACUAUAAUGGAUACAAAUGACUACUCUGCAGUUCCCCAGCAGUUGAAGGAACAGUUGAAUGAAAGGUACCCUGGUGCAAGGCGUGCUGUACUGAAGACUGGUGGUGAUUUUCCCUUCCUGUCUCGUCCUGAUGAGGUUAAUCUGUACCUUCAGCUACAUCUGAGACGAGUUGGUGUAGAGCCAAGGUCAGACCUGGUCCAAGGCUUUACCCGAAAUGGCAGCGCUGGGAGUUCAAAGGAUCAAAAAGAUGGAGGGGACAGCUUUGAUAAUAGUGGUGGAGACAAUGGCCACCAUGGUUCAGGUGGCAGUGAUCAUGACAGGCGGCAUUGUGCAUCAGAAUCACACCAUUCCGACGAGCCAAUACCAACUAGCACAAUGCUUGCCAAUACUGUACUAGAACUGGUUAUGUAGGAAAUCAUGGAAGCGUGUAUUGCAGCACAUUGGGGCCACUGUUGUAAGUGGGAAAGCCAAAAGAGCAUCUCAAAUGAUGGGAGAGGCGCUUCUGUAUGUUUGUAUAAUAAUAAUGUAUGCUUGUCUUAUAUUUAUUUAUUUACCCAGUUUAGGGGGUGUUUGGAGCAAAGUAUUUUUAGAGUUUUGAGGUAAAACCAUGAUAUUGAAGAAUACUAUAGUAUUUCUCAUUGUUUUGCUAAGAGGUGUUUGGUUACAUUGUAAAAAACUCUGUUUUGAAUACCAUGGUUUUGCAGAUACCAUGGUAUUUUUGAACAUUUGAAACUCUACUCCAACCUAAAGUUUUUAUCUAUGACUUAUUUUGCA